GUAGUUUGAUUAAUUGUGCAGGAUCGCCAAUUUUCAAUUUUUCGCUCACUCGGAAAAGCUUUCCGCAUCAGUUUUUCGCACCUUUAUCGCAAGGAGCAUUUUGGGUUUUUAUCUUCUUCCGAUUGUGCUUCACGGCUUCGACCCGGGUUUCCAGGAAAUUAGUCGCGUUCGAGACAAGAAUCGGAAUGCCUAUAGGCGGUCUGAGUGACCCAACCUCUGGCGAAAUAUUCCAAAAUUUAAUAAUGGACGUGCUAAGGUCUCGUGACCUAUUUUAUAUGGCAGGAAAAAGUGAGUGUAAAAAAAUGGCAAAGUACUCGGCUUCGUAAUCAUUCAUAGAGUAGAGGGAGCGAGAAUUAAAAAAAAGACGCCUUCUCGGCCAUUCGAUAUUCAUAUUAGUUGCCGGAGUGAUGAAUGUUGUUGCGAAUCCAGGCCAAGUUUAGUGACCAGCUCGCGUGUAGCUGUGCCAAAGAAAAAGGCGAGGAUAACAUCAUUGUUCUGUUUAGGAACAAUGCGAGGGAAGUAAGAAGUGUAACAUUAGUAAGGAUGGGUGUUAAUGGCAAGAAAAACUGCCGAGACAAUCGGUACGGAAAUUGCCGUAUGUCCUGCGCACUGUGACAUCCAGGCACUACCAGUCUAGGGGAGGGGGGGCGAACAUUCCGUCGUUAGCAGCCAGUCGGGGAGGAUCAGUGUUAGCACGCACACGUGCAUGAUCAUAGUACGGUGACGGAGACACCUGACCAGCAAAGAGUGCAGAAAAACCUCCCUUUAAUUAUGCUGGGGACAGGGCUGGCAGGCUCCAAGUCUUGUCCAAUUGGAGACUGCUCAAGUAGAACAGACGAGGCCUGUACAAAUAUGCUCCGUCCUCGGGAGAUGGCAGGCGGGACUCCACUGGUGCAGGGCGCAGUCGCGCGCUUAAUCACCUUGCCCGCAGAAAUCUGACUGAGAAGGAUUGGUGUUUUGGGUAGGCGCGCACUCCGGUCUGUCUCGUGCGCGCGUGCUGUGUGUGUGUCCCCGAUGCAGUCCUGUCUGGAAUUCCAUCAUUCUAACGUGACAUUCCGACGGUAUUCGCCGUCUUCGCCGCUUCAACAUCCCGUGAAGGAAGAAGACCAGCUACACGAGCCCCACUUGGACAGCUGUUCCGUGUCGAGUUCUUGUGCAGGUGGGGUUACUCCCACUUCAUCACGUAGUUCUGGAAGUUUUUAUGGUGCACCUCACUGUUAUGUGCCGGGCAAAAAAGUUGAUUCGCUUAACAGUCUCCCCAGGCUAGGGAUGCUGGGAGGACAACACUCCAUGUAUCCGAAGGCUGCCUUGGUUUGGUCACCGACUUCGGAGACUCAUGCUAGUAAACCGGGAGGAUUGGCUGCUGCUGCAACACCGUCUCCUGGCCGGCCUGUGUCACCCGCUUCAUCCGGAGUCAUCCAGUGGAUGUCGAUGAUGGCCGAUCACGCACACAGCAGCGUCUCUACCCAUCACGACGUACACUACAUGUGGAACGGCGUGGAGACUAAGAUGAAUACUUCAGAUCAACAUAAUUCAUCUCCCUUGCAGAAAGGUGAGUACCAGAACCAAUGGAUAUCUCGUACAGACAAGAAGUGUUUAGGUCCUGGGAGCAGCGGAGAUGAAACCCGUUCCGGUGGCAUGGAUACCUCCCAGAUGCAUUCUAUGUACGGGAACAGGACAGGGGGCAAUAGCACCAGUCCACCCGUAUCCACCUCCAAUUCGGCUUUGCUGGUCGUGCCCCAGCCAAUCAAUGCGGCCAGCAAACCGCCCAGUUUAACUGCGACCAAUUGCACCGGCCGAAAAUACCAGUGUAAAAUGUGCCCCCAGAUCUUUGGCUCCAAGGCAGACUUGCAGCUACACACUCAGAUUCAUAUGCGUGAGGCCAAACCAUACAAGUGUUCCCAAUGCUCCAAGGCAUUUGCCAAUUCUUCGUAUCUGUCGCAACACACACGUAUUCAUCUGGGCAUCAAACCAUACCGUUGUGAGAUCUGCCAAAGAAGGUUCACCCAACUGUCUCACCUGCAACAACACAUCCGGACACACACAGGUGAUAAACCGUACAAAUGUCGACAUCCGGAAUGCAACAAGGCUUUUUCUCAACUGUCCAACUUGCAGUCUCAUUCCCGGUGCCACCAAACCGACAAGCCCUACAAAUGUAACAGUUGCUACAAAUGCUUUGCCGACGAAGCUAGUUUAUUGGAACACAUCCCGAAGCACAAAGAGUCCAAGCAUCUCAAGACUCACAUAUGUCAGUUUUGUGGAAAAUCUUACACCCAGGAAACGUACCUGGCUAAACAUAUGCAGAAACACGCCGACCGUUUGGAGAAGCGGGGUCUUCAACCUUCUCAUCCCACGCUCCCACCAGUUUCGGCCACGCCCGUCAAAGCACCGACAUCCGAAAAUUAUUGGGCUAAACCGUCUGCCAACAGCAACCUGGGUGUCAACGAGACUACGUCUGCUCCACAUCCCCAUCAACACGUUUCGGAUGCUUGCUUGCAUUCCAGCCUAAGCGAGCCCAGGCUUCACUUGACGUCACGUGAUCUGGACCAUCGUCAGUUGCUAGGAAACACGAACGGACGUGAUCAUAGCGAUCUGAGUCAUCUGGCUGGCAGUCAGAUGGCCUACGAUGGCUCCAAUCUCAGUAGCCCCACCAGCAAGACGACGUCUGCCUUUACACCCAUCCAAACGGGGAUAAUGUCCAUAUCUUCUGGAUCCCAGCUUUCCAUGGCUGGUUCGUCUCGUGCCUAUUUCCCUUACGAACCAAUCAACAUCCCCAAGAACCCAACCCCGAUGGUGUCCAUGGAAUCCAAACCAUCUCACAGUAGUUUCCCCAAUCAGUUAAUAUCUCUGCAUCAGAUCAGGAAUUAUGCCUCAAUGCCCAGUGUUUCAGGAGGAGAACACCCCAUAACAGUAAAGGACAAAAGUCAGCAGUAGAUAAGGGUGAUAGCCAGCUACAAAGAAUGUUCUGUGUUAAAAAACUAAACUGUGGUAUAUACACCGAAGAGUGCAAUAAAUGUGAUUAAUGCUACCCGGUUUAGCGAGGUAGCAUCGAUGUAAGUUGCCUGAUGGUAUUAUUUUUUUUCUUUUCAAAAAAGAAAAAAAUAAAUAAAAGACAAUAUGGCACUUGGCUCCUCGGAGCAUCUUCGUAUUGUGAUUCGCAGAUUUCAAACGGAAGCUCAAAUAAAAGCCAAAGUUAUAAACAAGACUGUCGAGAACUGAUUGUUCGCACGAUGGUGUAAAAAAUCGGUCAUCUGUCAUGCCUAAUAUCGCUGUUUCAUUUAAAUGGCAUAAAAAUUAGUUGCAUUUGCAACAUUCUGUGAUGUGAGAACCCCGGACAUUGCUACGAGGGUUCCAGGAAUUGAGCAAUAGAGCAUGACACUACCUGGUGCCUUCGUCUCGAAAUAUGUCAGCACAAACUUUGUUAAUCGUUUCAUCAAUCGGCAGACAUAUCUAGUACGCAUGAGGCAUUCAGGCAUUUCAUCACUACAAAUGAUAUAAUCUCAAAUUAGUUUUUCGGCCAGAAAAAAAAGUCAUUUUUCUGUGGUGCUAAAGUACAACAGACACCAUUAGUUUAUAGUAGUUCAGAUGUAGGUACAGGUAGUGAAGUUUUAGCCCUACACACUACCCUGAUGACGUACAACGGGGCAUUGCUCAUUCUAUCGGACCAGUACAACGUGUGAAUUUAGAUGUCUUAGCACACAUUAUACCAAUAAAUUGCUCACAUAAAUCCCUGGUUACAAUUAGUUGUGACCAAUACCAGCCAAAGUAUCCGUAUGUUUAGUGUUCACCACCCGGGUUUUUGUGAACGGAUGAUACUCUAUACUGCCUUCCUAGGUUACAUGUUCGCGUAUUGUGUGUACGUUAGGUUUGUAAAUUAGUUAAUCCCUGUGCUCUACAGUGAGCGUGUUGUUGUCCACAGUCUUUGGGACUACACCGCUAGCCACUACCCUGCACCUUUUCGGCUUGAUAGCAAUUGCUCAAAAUUAACCUCACCGAUGCUUUUUUAGAAUCUAAAAAGUGUAGAAACCGUACGAGAAUGGAAUACCUGGUCAUUUCUGUCUCCCUUAUAUCUAUAAAUAAUGAAAAAUAAAUAAAUAAAAGUGAAUAUUUGUGUAUUGUGAUCCGAAUCGAGAAUUAACAGGGUAUAAUUAGCUGCUGUCCUAGAGUCCACGAGGCUUUUAAACAAUUGGUUCUAUUUUAACAUUCCUGAUUAGUUGGAGAACGUGUUUAGCUAGUUGGAGUGAAAAGAGAUGGGAAAGCCUCAGGUUUCCAUACAGUAGAUGAUGACAUUCCGUACAAGAGCAGUAGAGACUGCGGCGCGGACAAAAAUAUCAUAAACUGUGGACAACGACAUGUCAAGCAUGGAAUGCAAUAAACGGGAUGUCCCCGAAUGGUGUAGUUUUGUACAUGUGUACACAGUGUCAAACACUGUCUAAAACAGCAUUAAAAAAAAGGCGAGACAUUGUGAGAACGAACGAUGGCAUAAAAUGCCAGUGUAUUGUUAGAAUGUGUGUAACGUAUGGUUUUAAUUUGCACUGUAUGUACAUAUAAAAAUUACAAAAAAAAACAACUUUUCCAUGUAUAUGCAAGGUAGAGGGCUUUCAGAUAUUUCUCUUGCCUGCUAGAGCAGCGUUUGUUUUUUCUCCUUGUGAUAGGCCUGCCUGUUAGUGGUCUUUAUUUGAGUAGACGAGUUAGGAACUGGUCUCCACUCAACCUUAUUUAGAUACUGCCUCAUUCGGCCGAAAUUUAGUGUACGAAAGACGAAAGAGAGAGCGAGAGAGAAGCUGACCAUCUACACAGUAGGUGUCGACUCGUUUGGUAGAAGUGCCCAUAAAGUUCUAAUGGUUUCGGCAUUUAGAUGAGGAUCGACCAUUUCUUUCAAAAAACGCAAAAAAUAAAUAAAAAAAUAAUAAUAAACGAAACGCGCACUGGCUUCGGACUUACAUUCUCACACUGUAAGCUCCAUUUUUAAAUUGUGGUGUUUGAUUUAAUGAUUCUGUUGAACAAUUCUUCGCGCACCAUCCAUAAAAAAAAAACAAAAUGUUGUCUAUGUAUAGGCUUUAUGUUAGUAUCAUUUAAGAGAAUAUAUAACGCGAAAAAAAUCUCUGUCCUUUGUAUUUUUCUGUUAAUUGCCAGUGAACCCUGUUAGUAGUGAUGAUGAUAUUCUGAAUUUUCCAAAAUAUUAAAAUGAGUUGUCCAUGCUAUGACGUUUUUUCUUGUUUU